AUGGAGCGUCCAGUUUGGUUUAGAUGGUUGCGCGUCUAUGCAAUUGGAUUUGGAAUUAUUGGUGCAGGCGUCCUGCUAUUUAAGUACACGACUCCGACAGAUGAAGAGCUCAUUGCCGCGCUUUCCCCAGAGUUGAGACAACAAUACGAGCGUGAACGUAAGCUACGCCAGGCGGAGCAGCAGGAGCUUAUGAGGAUUGUCAAACAAACAGCUGCAAGUGAAACUCCUGUUUGGAAUACUGGACCUAUUAAGUCUCCUUGGGAGCGGAAAGGUGUUUCCGCUGAAAGCAGAGAGCAGUUCCAGCAGGUGAAGGCAGAGCAAGUUCAACGAGAAGAAUUACAGAGGAUUAGGGAGGAGCUUGAGACCAUCAGGCAGCAAAGCGCAAAUAAGACACAGGAAAUAGCAAGUAAGAAGAGUUGGUGGCCAUGGUGA